CUGGCGGGAUGAGCGCUGCGCUGCAGCCGCCUGGCUGGGAGCCGGCGGGAUGGAGCCGCUGCCGCUGGCCCUGGGGCUGGCCGCGCUGCUGGGUCUGUCUUCGGCGCUGCUGGAAGUCAACGUGGGACAAGCCUCUAUCUCUACGAUCCAAGGGCAGAGGGUGGUGUUGCCGAUGUGGUACACGAGCAUCUCUCAGAGGAAUCCCUAUGUCUCGUGGGUCCUUGAGAGACCUGGAGCCAAUCGUUUGCAGAUACUGACGUACAUGGACGGGACAGUGAAAGUGCAGGAGACGUACCUGAAGAACCGGACUGGCUUUGUGUACCCCAUGCCUUUCUUCAACAUUUCCAUUGCCAUUAACAACACCCAGGAAAUGGAUUCUGGCGAAUACAUGUGCACUGUCAACAUUCUGGAUGAAGAUACCAUCAAUGGGAAAAAUAUCGGACUCAUCAACCUCACCGUUCUAGUUCCUCCAUCCCCUCCAAUGUGCCAGAUCCAUGGGAAACCCUACCUUGGGGGCAACGUCACCAUGAGCUGCAAGUCAUCCUUCAGCAAACCCAGCCCCAAGUACACCUGGCAGCGCACCGCCCCCAACACCCAGGUCUUCUUCGCACCCGCCCAAGACCUCACAAGAGGGACCCUGAUGCUAACGAACCUCUCCAAGGAGAUGUCAGGGACAUACGUCUGUACGGCAGCAAACGUAGCUGGCAGCUCCAAGUGCAACAUCACCCUGGAGGUGAAUUCACCGCUCAGUGCAGCCAUGAUCGCCGGGGCUGUGGUGGGGUCUCUCGUUGGAGUCGGCUUAAUUAUCUUGUUUGUUCUCCAAAUGUUCGUCUAUCGAAAGAAAAAGAAAGACACGCAGGAGGAACUGGCCAACGAGAUCAAGGAAGAUGCUGUUGCUCCAAAGACACCUUCUUGGGGUAAAAGUUCCGGUUCUGACAUUGUCUCCAAAAAUGGUACCUUGUCGUCCGUGCACACCGCCCGGGACCCCAAACUGUACCCAUCCAAGCCCGCUUCAGACACAGCCUCCAUCACCACCGCCGCCGGCAGCACAGUGGGCUACAGACCUCCCUAUAACCACCCGAGGAGCAGAACCCUGACACCCACUCCCAGUUUGUCCAGCCAGAGCCUGCCCCUCUACUUCCCGCCAGGAAUGAACGGCAGCCAUUACCCAAGCACUGUGCCAAGCAACAGAAACACUCUGCAUAGGACAAAUGGUGCACAGCCGCAGGCUCCCCGGCAGGAGCCCACUGUCCCUCAAGGGCUAACCACCUCUACCCUUACCAGAAUGGGUGCGGUGCCAGUCAUGGUGCCUGCCCAGAGCCAAGCAGGGUCCCUGGUGUAAGCAUCCAGCAGCUUGGGUGCCCUCUGUAUGCUGGAGAGGCUGGGGAAAUGGCCAUUAAUCCCAAGCAAAACAGACUGGAAACAUAGCGACCAAGCCACCUCCAAGCUCCUGUGCAUCAGGGCUGAGCAUGUGAGGAGGAGCCGUGCACACAGCAUCACGCACAGACUGUGGGAGCUUCCCACAGACAGGCUUCCUCAGAUACACACUCUGCCAACUCCCAGUGUUAUCCUUCCAAAUGCCUUCCGGCCCUGGCCCACUCCCCCUGAGGGCUAGGAGCCAGCCCGGGUCCCCUCAGUGUGGGGAGGCCACUGGCCAGCAGACUGUUUACUGAAGAAAUGUCGCUGCUCUUGGUGUUGCUAGUUCCCUGCUGUGGACUUCAGCCCCCGCUGCUUCUUGUAGGACAGGAGUUUUCAACCUUUUUUCAGCUGUGGACCCCUAACAAAUUUUGGUUGGAGGUGCGGGCCCCUUUAGUAAUUCAACCUGUGUUCUGCGGAUAUAGGUGUUUGGACUAUUUGUUCAGUAGCGGGGGUGCUGAGAGCCACUGAACCAAACUCUAACGCCUGUGUAUGAUGGAAACCACGUCAAGCCGACUGUGCAGCAGCACCCCUUGCCCCCAUAGUUCCAGCACCUAUGUCCGCAGACUCCUCCCAUAGACGUCUUAGACUACAAACUGGCUGAACAGAAUUCAACUGUAAAUGUUGCCGUGCUUGGCACGGCAUUGGCCACCACGUGAGAGAGGGCCCUGGGCUUGUGUGGUGACGGCAGCACUUCCGGGGUUUGACCUGUGGGUGGGGGUAUUCACAUAGGUUUGUUUGAUCAGAAAAACGAAAUGUCUUUUCUGGGAUCCAGAGCUUGGUUUCAUAGUCACCUUUCAUUAUAGUUUGUGGGCCCCCAGGGUUGAAAACCGCUGUUGUAGGAAAAGCCCUGCUGAGAUGAGAUGGUCUGAACCCAUCCCAGGAAUUUCAGCGGCAGGUAGAGCUUGAACCUGUAAACAUGCUCUGCCCUUCCCUCGGGCUGGCACAGGGCAGGGCUGCAGCUGUGCUGACCCCAGCACAGGCUUGGUUAUUUCCAGCCUGAGGGAGCCAACACCACAGGGCUUGAAAGAUCCACUUGCUAGUUGCAGGGAGACCGGACUGCUCGGCCAGUGAUGUCUGUGGGAUUCAAGCUUCUGCUUCCACCUUGUCGCUGGGAGGGGACCUCCCGCAUGUGACCUCACAUGGUGCCACCUUGGUGGUACUUGGAGGGAGUUUACCCACGGCUGGCGAAUGCCAGCAACAAGAUGGCGGUCAGCCUGUGCCUUGCUUGGAGCAGCAGUCCAGGGGCUGAAGCAACUUGCUGGGGAGAGGUGACAUAGUGGAGAGUCCCCUUGGGCUAUGGGGUCGGCAGGGGGGGAAGAGUGCCCCUUCCCUGUCACCAGCCGGUGGAGACACAGGGCCUUGGCUGGGAGGGCUGUGUGGACUCGGGGGCUUCGCCCUCGGGUCUUGCUGUGAAGACCUGCCCUCAUUCUGGGUCUGCCCCUGGCUUGUAGCUGCAGUCCUGUGGCUAGUAGGUGUCAUGCUCUGCUUGCCCAGACUGACACUCAUAGAAUCUGUUCUGCCUAGGCCAAGGCACCCCAACCCACCCCAUCAUCUGCUCUUUGAGUGCUCCAGCUGCCAGAGCUGCCUGUUCCAAGUGUUGGGAGGCAGGCCAGAGUCUCCCCUGGGGUCUUUUGUCCUCUGCUGGGACUCUCCGUGGAGCUGCACUUUUGUAAAGAUUUCCCCAGGCUCCUGAACCCGAGGCCCUGCCCUGCUGCGGGGAACAGCGCCUCCGCGGCUUCCCUCCAGGCGAUAGUUGUGAGCAUGUGCUACUAACCCGCGUGUCACACUCUAGAAUAACCUUAUAGUCUAAUAUCCUAACAACUGAUUUCUAAGGACGCCUUCAGCAUUUGAAUUCAUACUGUGCAAUUAUUACUUUGGUUUAUUUAAUGGACUUCUUAAAUCUUGUGUAUUCACUUUAUUUUUUUGAUAACACAUAAUUUAUUCCUGUAGAUACUAACCACCCUUCCAGCCUGGGCUGUACCACUCUGAUCCAUCUCAUGCUGUCUGUUUCUAGAUGUCCAUCAGACCCUUCUGUUGGGUGCGAUGGGGAGGGACUGAAAGAUUAUUUUUCUGUACAAUUUCAAAAUGUAAUAUUUUUCAUAAGUGAUCAUUAAAAGUGUUUCUGUUUUUGUAUUUAAAAUAGGGCUGUGCUAGCUGUGAUUCCGGGAGGAGGUUCAAGCGGUAAACUGGGAGGGCUCAAGAUCUUUGCCACCUCCUCUC